UGAAGGCUGUGAAAACUGAAUGGGAGCAGCAGCCCAGAGCAGAGCAGAGCAGAUCUGAGCUGAGCUGAGCUGGGACUUAGCAAAGCUUGUCAGGAGUUUUAACUGCUGCAGGUGAAUCAAUGCAAUACAUCCCCAAUGGCUCCUGGUUGCAAUCCCGUAGUAAUUCUUCUGAUCAUUCACCAAGGUUUUUCUAUACCUUUGAUCUUUCCACCCGGUGACAUGUUGAUCAAGAAGAUGGGUGAUAACAUCUAUCUGAAUUGUACAGACAAGUCUGAAGUGCGAUGGCAAACUCCAACAAGUGCAAAGAAAGCCAUUUAUAGUCAUAAAGUCAGAAUCAAUUCAGCACAGCCAAAACAAACUGGCAAAUACACAUGUCAGAAUCGCAACACUUUUGAGACCACUUCUAUUUAUGUUUUUGUGGAAGACUCAAGUAGUUUGUUCGUAGUUCCGAAAGGUACACAGAAGAUAAUUGAUGGAAAAGAAGGGGACAACGCUGUCAUACCGUGUCGUGUCACAACCCCCAACAUUACGAACCUCAAACUGCAGUGGAUGGACGGCGAAGCAAUGCACAAAAACCUGUCCUAUAAGACUGAUAUCUACACAGGCAUACAAAUCAUUAAUUUGAAGAGGUAUUAUGAAGGAUAUUAUGCGUGCACUGCAACAAAAGACGGUGAACAGAAAAGAUCGGAAAAAUUUAAACUGAAUGUAAUACCAGUCCCCACGAGACCGCCAGAGAUCACUGUGGAUAAAGACUUGGUGCUGCUCAAGAAAGGCGAGAAGUUUGAGACGAAUUGUGAAGUAAAAAAUGUAAACCAUAUGGUUAAAGUCUACUGGACAUACCCACCAAGUGCAGUCCCUAAGGUGAAUAAGUCUUCCCAUCAUAUUCAGGAUUACUAUCGUCAAGUUCAAACUUUGAGUAUCAAUUCAGUGAAAGUCAAUGACACCGGAAACUUUACCUGUGUGGCUGAAAAUGACUUUAAUACUUCAAAUGCUGUUGUAUUUCUGAAGGUCGUAGCUGAAGGAUUUGUAAAAUUGCCAAAGCUAGAUAGUAAGCCCUUAGAUGUAAUCCUUGGUGGAAACCUUGUGUUGAAAGUGGAGUUUGAUGCUUAUCCCACUCCAGAACAGACCUGGAGACGUAUGGAUGGAAUGUUAUUCAGCACAUCAGACCAUUACGUUAAAUCUACAAAACACAGACACAGGUAUGUGAAUGAACUUUACCUUGUUCGGGUGAAGGAAUUAGAAGGAGGAACCUACAACUUUUCUGCUUCUAAUUCUGAUGCUAGCUCAACAGUUUCAUUUGAUGUACGGAUCAACAGCAAGCCAGAAAAAAAUAUUCUUCAGAAAACCAACGAAAGCACAAUUCGCUGUGGAAUAGCAGGGUUUCCAAUCCCCAAAAUAGAGUGGUAUUACUGUCCUGGAGUGCAGCGACGGUGCUCAGAAAAAGGAAUCAAGAUACCGAGCAGCACCAAGAUAAAAGAUCAAACCAGAUUUGGUCCAGUCGUAGUGGAAAGCAUUAUAAACACCACUGUACUGAAGAACAACGUUACUGUGGAAUGCUUUUCUUACAAUAAAUUUGGCGAGCAUUAUGAUGUGAUCCAUUAUCUAAAAGAAAAAACAGAGUCGCAUCAGCUCUUUACUCCACUGCUGAUACUGUUUGCUGCAACGGCAGGCUUCUUGUGUUUUAUUUUAGCAAUACUGGUUUACAAAUACCAGCAGAAACCCAGGUAUCAAAUUCAGUGGAAAGUAGUUGAGGGGAUACAUGAGAAUAACUACACGUACAUUGAUCCAACACAGUUACCAUAUGAUGACAAAUGGGAAUUCCCCAGGGAUAAACUGCGCUUUGGUAAGACCCUCGGAGCUGGAGCCUUUGGAAAGGUGGUUGAGGCUGCUGCUUAUGGGUUAACGAAAGCCGACUCUGUCAUGACUGUGGCAGUAAAGAUGCUUAAACCAAGUGCUCACUCUACUGAGAAGGAAGCCCUGAUGUCGGAGUUGAAAGUCUUGAGUCACCUAGGCCAGCACAUUAACAUUGUGAAUCUGAUGGGCGCCUGCACUGUUGGAGGUCCGGUUCUGGUAAUCACUGAAUACUGCUGUUUUGGUGACCUUCUGAACUUUAUGAGACGGAAAAGAGAUUCAUUUAUUUGGCCAGAAAAUGGUGAACAGGAUUCAGGAAAGAUGCAGUACAAGAAUAUUCCAGAUCCGAAGGACCCAGAGAGUUGUGGAUCAUACAUGGAAAUGAAGCCCAGCCCUGGAGCUUUCCCUCAAAUGAACUCAGACAAAAGAAGAUCCAUGAGCAAGGGAUCAUACAGCGAUAAAGAAAACAACAAUGAAGUAGUUGAAGACUACACUCUGGCUCUGGACAUUGAAGAUCUUCUGAGUUUUUCAUAUCAAGUUGCAAAGGGAAUGAACUUCCUUUCCUCUAAGAACUGUAUUCACAGAGAUCUAGCAGCAAGGAAUAUCCUCUUAACUCAUGGACGGGUUGCAAAAAUAUGCGAUUUUGGAUUGGCCAGGGAUAUCCGGAAUGAUAGCAACUAUGUGGUAAAAGGAAAUGCUCGUCUCCCUGUGAAAUGGAUGGCACCGGAAAGUAUUUUUGACUGCGUGUACACCUUUGAAAGUGACGUCUGGUCAUAUGGCAUUUUACUGUGGGAAAUUUUCUCAUUAGGGAGCAGCCCUUACCCUGGCAUACCUGUGGAUAACAAUUUCUAUAAGAUGAUCAAAGAAGGCUACAGGAUGCUGAACCCUGAGUUUGCCUCUGAGGAAUUGUAUGAAGUCAUGAAAGCUUGCUGGGAUGCUACCCCUUUAAGAAGACCUACAUUUGAGCAAGUGGUGAAGAUGAUUGAAGAACAGCUGUCGUACAAUUCAAAACAUAUCUAUUCCAACUUGGAGUUGACUUUCACCAGCAAGCUCGAGUUUUCCAGCCGUUCUUCCCGCCUUAACUCAGCUGGAAGCAGCAAUGCUUCCACCCAGCCCUUGCUCAUGAACGAUGAUGUGUUCUUUGAAAAUGGAAAUAAACAUGUACGAAUUUAAGACAUUGAGUAAAGCAAAGUAGCACACACCCCUGUGCCCUG